UAACUGAAUUAAUACUUAAACGUUUUGGUGGGUAACACAUAUUUCUUACUAACCAAACUAUUUUAUUUUACAAUUAAAAAUCUACCUAAAUACUUAAAAAAAACUUUCCUAUAAUAGACAUAUGGAAGCUGCUGCAUUAUACCCCUGGUCAACCGCAGAAUCAUUGAUGCGUUUGGCAAGGAAAAAUUCAUUGCCCAGAUUGCCAGGCAACUUAAGAGAUUUAGCAACAUUAUUUGAGGAUGGACAGCUCAACAGAUUCGCAUGUUGUAAUAAUGUUUUAUUCAAAGGCUGUGUGCAGGAUACUGAUAAUAAGACAAGUAUAAUAUUUGCCUGCACACAACUUAUUAGAUCGGUUCUUAUGAAUGAUAUUCAAGAAAUCCAUGCAGAUGCAACGUUUAAAGUUAUUCCUUCAAACAUGGGUUACCAAAUGUUAACACUACAUGGCAUGGUUCAAAAUUAUUCAAUACCAAUUGUUUACGUACUAAUGGAGAAGAAGACGAGAACUUCAUACGAAUCUGUUUUUCGGUUCAUCAAAAAUAAUUUAUUACCAACAUUUACACCAAGUGUGAUUAUUACAGACUACGAGACAGCAUUGAGAGAUGUGUUAAUGUCGGUAUUUCCAGGUGCCCGUUCUGUGGGUUGCUGGUUCCAUCAUAACCAGGCCCUAUGGAAAAAAAUGAAAAGUUUACAAUAUUUAAAUUAUGUCAACAACAACGAUAAUGCAAAAAAAGUAUUGCGAUUAUUAAUGUGCCUUCCACUGUUACCGGCUCAAAACAUGGAAACUGGAUUCAUGUUAAUCAGAGCAUUUUCUAUUAAUCAUCAAGUCAAUUUAGAACGGUUACUACAAUAUUAUCAGAGGUACUGGUUAAGGAAUGUUGGGCCAGAAAUUGUCUCAGUUCACGGGUUGCCACGAAGGACGAACAAUAACUUGGAGAGUUUUCAUAACGCACUUAAACUGAAAUUCUCCGUCAACCAUCCAAGUUUAUGGAUAUUUUUAGAUCAUUUGAGUAAAAUACACACAAAUUACCAUAUCAUUGUCAACCAAAUUGUAAAUAAUUUAACUCCAACAAGACAUUUGAGAAACAAAUUUUUGGCAAAUUCUCGGCGAAUCAAAAAUGCUACUGAGCAGUACGAUUUAGGCCUCAUCUCUUUAUGGCAAUUUUUACAGCGCUGUUCUUAUUUAAGUACUGCUUACAUAGAGAGACAAAGGCUCUGGGCUCUUCAAAACAACGAAGAUGAUGAUGAAAUCCCUGACGUAGAUUUUGAUGACGAGCCACCAGUACUAGCGCCAGUAGAAAAUUUGCCACCAUUGGAAGUAGAGUUACCGUUAGAAGUGGCCAAUCGUGAACCAGUACCAGCCUCAUUGUGUUUAGUGUGUAUGACAGCGACGACCCUCAAUAGUGAAGAACAAUUUAUUGUUUUACCGUGUGGGCAUGGUUGGCUGUGUGGCAUAUGUGUUGUUAGUUUAGACCGCCCUAAUUGUGUAUGCCCCAUAUGCCGUAGACCUCAUGUGACCUUUCAAAGAAUUUACUUUGCUUAGUUAUUCAAUAAUCUAAUAAAACAUUCAAUAUCUCACCAGUAUACCGUCCGAGGAGCGACAACUUAUUUUUUUUUCAAUUGUUAAUUUCUACGGUUAAAUUUAAACUUUUACCUAUUUGUUAUUUUUAUUUAUAAUUCAUCUAUUAAACGCACUUAUUAUCCAUUACUUCAGUUUAGUAUAUUAUUUGUAUAGUCUUGAUCUAUACAAUUAUAUCAAGAAGUGAAAUAAAUA